ACUUUUCAGGCAGUUUAACUAAUUCCUGCAGCCCUGCACAAUGGUGUCCUGGGUGUUGUGUGCGGGUCUAGUCCUUCUUCACAUCUCCUGCUCUGUGGAAGCCAAACUGGACUAUGCGGUCAUCUUCCCUUCCGAGAUUCGCUCCCAGCAUUCUGAAACCCUAUGUAUACACCUGGAGGGGGCUCAGGGGGAGAGCAGAGUACAGAUAUCCUUACAUCUGAAAGAAAAGAACACAACCCUUGUGGAGAAGAGCUUCAAGCAAGACUCCAUAUUCACCUGUGUUCCAGUCAGGGUCUUCAAGUCUGUAGAGCCGGAGGUGGUCGCCACAUUGAACAUCUCCAUAGAGAAUGCAGGGGAAACUAUAGUGAAGAGCAGUAAAGUUCUGGUGAAGAAGACAAGAUCCAGCCUUCUAGUUCAGACAGACAAAGCUGUGUACAAACCAGGACAAACUGUAAACUUCAGAAUUCUAUUCAUUGAUGAAGAUCUUCAACCCAAAAAUACUGUGUUUCCAGUUGUACAACUACAGGAUCCAGGAAAGAACCGGAUUGGUCAGUGGCUAAAUGUGAGCCUCAGUCAGGGAUUGGCUGAACUUUCCCUUCCCCUCUCCUCUGAGCCUCCACUGGGAGAAUACUCCAUUCGGGUGAAGGACACAGUCCACACCUUUACAGUGGAAGAAUAUGUUCUUCCAAAGUUUGAAGUUUCCCUUCAGUUCCCCAAGGUUGUUUUGGUCAACAGUAACCAAUUCCCACUUCACGUAUGUGGAAGAUACACCUAUGGGAAGCCAGUUCAAGGAAACUAUACAGCCACUGUGUGUCACAAGCAUUCUAGAUUUUGGUGGAGAAGAUACGUUAAUAGUCAAGACGAUAUCUGUGCUCAUUUCAUUGGAACGCUGGAUAGAUCAGGAUGUAAUAUCAUAGAAGUUAAUUCUGAGGUCCUUAACCUGAGAAGCAAUGACAUGGAAGAUGUACUGAGAGGAGAAGCCUCCAUCACUGAGACUGGGACAGGAAUUGUGUUAUCUACAACCAGCCAAUCUAGUAUAUCUGAUGUAAUCAAUAAGGUGUCGUUUGUUGAUGCUGAUGGUAACUACAAAGCUGGGAUCCCCUACAAUGGAGUGAUUGAAGUGAUGGACGCCAGUGAUAACCCUAUACCAGGUAUUAAUGUUUACCUAACAUGUGAUAAUCCUUCAAUCAAUAACACCUUGGUGACAGAUGACAAUGGACGAGUUUCUUUCACGCUGGAUACAAAUGGCUGGGAGGGACAAAAAUCCCUAAAGGCAAGAACAAACCUGCAGAGUUCGACCAGUUUUUCAAACGUCAGAUCCCUUACAUAUGGCGAUGCAAAUCUGAAUCUUAAACCCUUCUACUCCCGUUCUAAGAGCUUCCUGAAGCUCCACUCCGUUGACAAAGUCCUCCCGUGUGAAGGGCAGCAGGAGGUGCAGGUGGAAUAUAUUAUUAAACACACAGAGCUGAAGAAUGAAACUGAUCACUUAGAUCUCCAUUAUAUGGUGACUUCUGAAGGAUCUAUACAAAACUUUGGGUCGUUAGAAAUUAGCCUUAUAGGUAGAAAUAAAGAUCACCAUGGCAAGGCUACAUUGAAGCUCCCAUUGAGUGCAGGAAAAUCUUCUACUCUAUUGACAAUUGUGUACAUUAUGUUACCAGAAGGAGACAUUUUAGCUGACUCUGCAAACUAUAAAGUUCAAAGAUGCUUCAAGAAUAAGGUAUCAGUUGGCUUCUCACCAGAUGAGGUCCUCCCGGGAUCGGAUGUGUCUCUCCAGGUUCAGGCUUCUCCUGGCUCCCUCUGUGGACUCAGGGUGGUGGAUCAGAGUGUUGUGUUAAUGGAACCAGGAAAGGAGCUGACCGCUGACAAGGUUUUUGAUCUCUUUCCAUACCGGAAAAGUAGAAGGUAUAACUUUCAUAUCCAGGAGGACCCUGAUAAUCAGUGCAAGCCUUUUAAGGAUGAGAAAGGGAGAAUACUGGUCUAUGCACCUGAUCCUUUUUAUCUUUUUUAUGGUGACGUGGAUGUGGAUGUGCACAGCUUAUUUGAGGGAAUAAACCUAAAAAUAAUAACAAGUGCAGGAAUUAAGAAGCACGGGGAUUGCUUUCCAAGUUAUCAAAGGAAGAUACUACUUAGAAACAGAGUUAACAAAGUUUUAUCUGUAGAUGAUGAUAUGUCUGGACUACUGAUACCUGCAGUAACCAAGAUCAAAGAAGACAUACAGCAGGAAGAACACGGGAAAGAAAAAGAGUCCAUUCGAACGUAUUUCCCUGAAACCUGGAUAUGGGAACUUGUGGCAGUAGGAGACUCUGGCAGUGCUGACUUCCAUCGUAAGGCUCCAGACACCAUCACAGACUGGAAUGCCGGGGCCGUAUGUUUGGGUCGGAGUGGAUUUGGCCUGUCUCCUUCUGUCUCUCUUCGGGUCUUCCAGCCGUUCUUUGUGGAUCUCACCCUCCCGUACUCCGUAGUGAGAGGAGAAACGUUUACUCUUAAAGCCUCUGUAUUUAAUUAUCUCAAACAGUGCAUCAAGAUUAAAGUCACGCUGGGACCCACAAAGGAGUUAGAGCCGACACCUUGUACAGACUGUACCUACAGCAGCUGCCUGUGUGCCGACGAGAGCAAAACCUUCUACUGGAACCUGAAAGCCACCAAACUGGGAGAAGUAAACAUUACAGUGAGAACUGAGGCUGUGAAUUCUGAAGAGUUGUGUCAGAAUGAGAUACCGAUUGUUCCCAAACAAGGAGCGAUCGAUACCAUUGUGAAACCCUUACUUGUACAGCCCGGAGGAGUCCUGGUGGAGAAAGCACACAGCUCUCUGCUCUGCAUCCAGGAGGAAGAAGGUGAGGAAACCAUUAUGGAGAAUAAAGAGGGAACUAAGACAGAGGAAGUCUCUCUGAAGAUUCCUAAGAACAUUCUGAAGGACUCUGAAAGAGCUUAUGUGACUGUCCUGGGAGAUAUAAUGGGCACGGCAUUGCAGAACCUGGACCGUCUCCUGGCCAUGCCAUACGGGUGUGGAGAGCAGAACAUGGUCCUUUUUGCCCCCAACAUCUUUAUUCUGCAGUAUCUGGAAAAGACUCAUCAGCUGACCGAUGCGAUUAAAAGCAAAGCCAUUAAGUUCCUGGAGAGCGGAUAUCAGCGACAGUUGACAUACAAACGUGAUGAUGGAUCAUACAGUGCCUUUGGAAAAAGUGACCCCGAGGGUAACACAUGGCUGUCGGCAUUUGUAGUGAAGUCCUUUAGCAAAGCUCGGCCUUAUAUAUUUAUAGAUGACAGUCACCUAAAACAAUCCUUCACCUGGCUGAAGAAAAAUCGUUAUGAGACCGGCUGCUUCCGCAGAGUGGGAAGACUCUUCAAUAAUGCUAUGAAGGGAGGAGUGCAAGAUGAAAUUUCCCUUACCGCUUAUGUGACAAUUGCUCUGAUAGAUGGUGGAGUACCCCUGGAGGAUCCUCUGGUCAGAGACGCAGUGUCCUGUCUGCAAAAGGCAGCCAUGGAUGUGACCAAUGUAUACACUCUGGCUCUGCUAGCUUACACUUAUACACUCUGCGGAGAGACCGAGCUCAGAAAAACUGUAUUGGAAAAACUGGAGGAAAAGGCUGUUCAAGGAGAUGGACAGCUACACUGGAAACGUGAUUCGGUGCCUCCCAAUCAAGAUUCACACUGGUACCGAGCUCCAUCUGCUGAGGUGGAGAUGACAUCCUAUGUACUCCUGGCUCUACUCUCAUGUCCUGAACCUGACUUAGGCAAAGCUACAGAGAUUGUGAACUGGCUAAGCAGACAGCAGAACCCCUACGGAGGCUUCUCAUCUACACAGGACACAGUCGUGGCUCUCCAAGCUCUGGCCAAGUAUUCAGAGCUCACGUUUAGUGAUAAGGGUGAUUUGACUGUGACUGUCAGUGCCAGCCCAGGAUUUCUGGAGAAGUUCCAUGUAGACAAAAACAAUCGUCUCCUCCUUCAAAAAGCAUCGCUACCGACUGUUUCCGGAGAUUACGCUGUGACCGCCACGGGAAAUGGCUGUGUAUUUGUACAGACAGUCCUGAGAUACAAUGUUCCACCACCCAGAAGUGACACCAGCUUUUCAUUAAAGGUGACACCACAUUCAAACAGAGAGUGUCUCGGGGAUCCAGUGACAAAUUUUAAGAUUCUUAUCAGUGCUACAUACGUUGGAACCCGGGAGAAAUCCAACAUGGCUGUUAUAGAGGUGAAGAUGCUGUCUGGAUACAUCCCUGUCAAGAGUACAAUAAAGAAGCUGACAAAGGACCAACUUAUACAGAGAAGUGAAAUCCAGAUGGACAUGGUCACUUUAUAUCUGAAUCAGGUGGGACAUGAUCCCGUAAAUAUCUUUUUUAUGGUGGAGCAGGAUAUUGAGGUCAAGGACCUAAAAUCAGCCACAGCAAAAAUCUAUGAUUACUAUGAGACAGAUGAACAAGCAGUGGCAGAAUACAUCCAUCCCUGCAACACAGAUGACACCUCCAGUAAUUCAAGUUAAGAACAGAAGAACAUUUGCAUCUAUACCGAAAACUCGCAAAUGAAACAAUUUCUGUAAAUGUGU